AUGGCCCACCUGAGAGCCUACGAGGUCCGGCAGCUGCUGCACAACAAAUUCGUGGUCGUCAUGGGGGACUCGGUCCAGCGCGCUGUGUACAAGGACCUGGUGCUGCUGCUGCAGAAAGACUGCCUGCUGUCCUCCCAGCAGCUGAAGGCCAAGGGCGAGCUGAGCUUCGAGCGCGACGUGCUGCUGGAGGGCGGCAGGUGGGGCCGCAUGCACAAUGGCUCCCACUACCGCGAGGUGCGCCAGUUCCGCUCCGACCACCACCUGGUGCGCUUCUACUUCCUCACGCGCGUCUACUCGCCCUAUGUCGAGAACGUUCUAGAAGAGCUGCGCUGGGGCCCCCACGCCCCAGACGUGGUCAUCAUGAACUCCUGCCUCUGGGACCUCUCCCGGUACGGCCAGGACUUCCCUAGGAGCUACAGGGAAGACGUGGAGAGCCUGUUCCGGCACUUUUACCACGUGCUGCCCCAGGCCUGCCUCCUGGUGUGGAACACGGCCAUGCCCGUGGCCCAGGUCGUCUCGGGAGGCUUCCUCCCGGAGGAGGGCCAGCCGGGGCCGGUCCGCUUGCGGGAAGACGUGAUGGAGGCCAACUUCUACAGUGCCCUCGAGGCAGACAGGCACGGCUUCGACGUGCUGGACCUGCAUUUCCAUUUCCGCCACGCCGGGCAGCACCGACUGGGAGACGGCGUGCACUGGGAUGAGCACGCGCACCGGCGCCUCUCCCAGCUGCUGCUGGCGCACCUGGCAGACGCCUGGGGAGUGCACCUUCCCUACCGCAACCCUGAGAGCACGUGGAUCAGAAACGGUCCCAGAGGCAGACGCCCGGGUCUCGCAGGCAGGAGACAAAGUCUGGAAAACCCAGGUGACCAAGGCAGACCAGGCUUGUCCACACCUCCGUGCCAUCCAGCCUCUCGGCAACUGCCCGUGACCCACCCCCGGGCCCGUUCUCCUGUACGCUCCUACCGCCGAAGAACCCGAUGGCCCUACGACCAGUCUCUCCUGCACCGGCGAAUUUACAGCAACUCCUCCUCGCGCCAGACCAGGUAUACCAGAGAAGCCCACCCGAGGGGUAGCCUCCAGUCAAGGCUGGGCCCCAUGCGCCCAGGCUCUACCCACAACCCAGGCAGGAGGUCUUCCCCUUACCCUCACCGGCGCUACAGCGAGUCACGGAGACGCCAGCAAAGACGCUCAGAGGGAUGGAACCCAGCGCAUGCAGAGACAAGGCCCCAUGACUAG